AAAUAAGGGAAAGUGUGAUGUUUUUUUAGUUAAUGGACAGGAUUCCACGGUUUAUCAUUAUUCUUCAAUUUAUUUAAAAUUCAGCUUUAUUAACAUAAGGACGACAAAAAUUGUGAACGCUGAAUUAGUGAAUUUAAUAUAGUUGGAGUUGACUUUUAUUUAAAAAAAAGAACGUUUUGAAGUGACUUAUAUUAAAAAGAGAACAUUUUAAAAGUGACUUAUAUUGCAAAAAGGGAACAUUUUGAAGAUGCAUCAUUUACCAUAUUACUACAGCCCCGAACAGAUCAAAAGUUACCACAAUGGUAUUUUAUCAGCGGCGGCUGCAGCAGCGGCAGGGAAUAGUUCAUUAUUCAGCAUAGAUAACAUCCUGGCACCGAGACCAUUACUUGCACCUAGACCGUACUUUCCAUAUCCAAGUCUACCACCAACACCUCAUGAUAUAUUUGCUGCAUAUGGACACCUUCCAGGUUUGAUAAACCCGGCUGAUUUUGUAAGAGCUGGUCACAAACGUAAAAGACGUCACAGAACAAUAUUCACCGAGGAACAGCUAGAAGAGCUCGAGAAGACGUUCGCGAAGACCCAUUAUCCUGAUGUUAUGUUAAGAGAAGAACUUGCCAUGAAAAUUGAUUUGAAAGAAGAAAGAGUUGAGGUUUGGUUUAAAAAUCGACGGGCUAAAUGGCGAAAAACUAAAAGAGAAGAAGAAGCAGCCAAACGUUUAGGAGACUCGGCCUCUACCUCUUCCAGUACAAAACCAACAGACGACACAUUGCAAUCACGUGACUUGUUAAAUGAAUCAAAUGACAAUGAAGAUGACGAUAGCGAUUGUCUCUCAGAAAGGAGUACAGACUCUCCCAAAAUUGACGUUAUAAACGAAAACAUUAAUGUGAAAAAUGAAGCUACCUCCUCGUCGCCUCCAACACCUCAAAACAUUUCAUUUAAUCGGCAAAGCCAACAAAAACAUUCAUGAUAGCUUGUUCUGCAUAAUUAUGAUAUUCACUCAUAGUGCCGAGACAGAGGAAUGGUGUUCCUCAUGAUUGUUCAUUAUUUUGUUGUUAUAUUUUUCAUUAUUUUCUCUUCACGGAUAGGAAAUCCAAAUAUAAAUCCAUUUUAUUUAUGUGCAGCUUGAAUGAUAGAAAAAACGUGUUCGUUGAUGCAUGUGUGCUAUAGUGUGAUUAAGAGUGUAUGUAUGUGUGAGUGUGUACAAGUGUGUUCCCGCGCCUGUAAUUGAAAAUAGAUGAAUGUUUUAUUUACACGUUGGACUAGUAUGAAUUCAGUAAUGCAGAUUCAAAUAUAAAUUGAUAUAUUUAUAUGUAUACAUGUAUUAAUGUUAAAAUAUGUAAUAUUAAAUAUUUUAAACUUUGA